UCGAACUGCGGUCCGGAUUCACGUGAUGGUCAAGAGUUGCAGAAGUACGUCUUUAUUUUUAUUAAUUAUUCCUUAGAAAACAAAAGCAAACGCUUAACAUGCCACAAAAGAUACAAGAUAAUUAAAAAGGUUCGUGAGCACCAUCGGAAAGUCAAGCGUGAACAACGAACUAACCCUCAGAAAUUCCGACGGAAGGAUCCAGGCAUUCCAAACAGUUUGCCUUUCAAAGAGGAGGUCUUAAAGCAUGUGAUUGAGACGAAAGAGCGAGAGAAGCAACGACUAAUUGAGUUAAUGAAACGUGCCAGAAAUUUACAAAACGUCCAAAAAACUGAGCCUCAAAAGAAAAAACCUGUCGAACACAAUUUUACCAAGCAGUUCAAUAGCGUCGUCAAUCUCGUUCCACAAAGUGUUUUGAGGCAAUGGCUUUCCUACUUCCGCAAAUGGUAUACUGUGAUGCCUUUCAAGGCUAAUAUACAGAAACAAUCGACAAAUAGGAGUAUCGUCAAAGGCAAAAUUCCUAACCGCUCUGACCUCUCCCUAAAACAGGGACUCGGUGUUGAUGGUCUCAUGUCUCUUCUAGGAAAUAUCAGCAGAAGUUGUGUAGGGAAACUUACAGUUGGAGUUAUUGGCAUUCCAAACGCAGGCAAAAGUGCUGUAAUUAAUACUUUAGUCCGCCGAAGAGUCGCACCUAGUAGUUGUGUGCCGGGGCUCACUAAGGAAUGUCAGGUCUUCAAACUUGACAACAAAGUGAAGCUAAUUGAUUCUCCCGGAAUAGUGUUGUCGAAGUCGGAAGACCCAUCUGAGCUUGCACUGCGUAACUGUACAAAGAUAAUAGUGCAGUAUUCCAUUGGCGAUUUUGCAAGCACCACAGACUUCUUGUGUCAGCUCGCCCAGCGAAUGGGCAAGUUAAAGAAAGGUGGUGUCCCUGAUUCCAGAGGCGCCGCGCGGAUAAUUAUCUCGGAUUGGAUCACGUAA